AUGUCACAAGAAAUUACUAACACCACCGCAAACAGGCCAUCCGAUUUGACAUCUACAACAGAAAGCAAAUCGAAACAACGCCAUCAGCCAUCUUUUUCUCUCACUCCCUUUCUUUCUUUGCCUGUGUCUCUUUCUCUCUCGCUAUCCCUUUCUCUCAUUUUCCCGCUCUCUCUUUUUCUCUCUCCUUUUUUCUCUCUCCCUCUACCCCUUUCCCAUCUCGCUCACUUUCUUCCUCUGUCUCUCACUCCCUUUCUUUCUUUGUUUGUGUCUCUUUCUCUCUCGCUAUCCCUUUCUCUCAUUCUCCCGCUCUCUCUCUUUUUCUCUCUCCUUUUUUCCCUCUCCCUCUAUCCCCUUUCCCAUUUCGCUCACUUUCUUCCUCUCUCUCUCUCACUCACUUUUUUAUGUAACCUUUCUCUCUUUAUAUCCUUUCACCCCUCCUCCCUCCCUCUCUCUAUCUAUUUUAUCUCCCUCUCUUGCCUGCCCCUUUCUCUAUUUCUCUCACUUUCUCCCUCUCUUUUAUUUUCUUUCUGUGUAUCUUUUUCUCUCUCUCGCCCUUUCUAUCCCUCUCCCUUUCUAUCAUUUUCUAUCCUUUUUUCUAUCUCUCUGCCUCUCUAUAUCUCUUGUUCUCCCUAUCCCUCUCUCUCUCUAUCCUUCUCUGUCUCUACCUCUCUCUCUAUCUAUUUUAUCUCUCUCCCUUUCUCUCCCUCUUCACUUCUCUCACUUCCCCUCUUUCUCAAUUUAUUUCUCUGUAUCCCUUUCUCUCUGUAUCCUUUUCUCUCUCUCCCUUUUCCUCGCUCUCCCCUUCUCUCAUUCUCUCUCCUUUUUUCUCUCUCUCCCUUCCCCUCUCCCUCUUUCUUUACCUGCCUGCGUCCCUUCCUCUUUCUAUCCCUCUCUCUCCCAUCACUCUCAAUCUACAUUUCUCUCUCUCUCUUUCUCUAUCUCUCUCACUUACUCCCGCUCUCUGAUUUUCUUUCUCUGUGUUUCUUUCUCUCUGUAUUCCUUUCUUUCUCCCCUUUCUCUCUCUCUCUCCCCCUUUCUCUCUCUCUCUCUCCCUUUCAUUCUCUAUACCUUUUCCUCUCUCUUUUUAUACCUUUCUCUCUCUUCCCCUUUUCUUUAUUUGUCUGUAUCCCUUUCUCUCCCCCUUUCUUUCUCUGUCGGUAUCCUAUUCUCUCUCUCUUUCUCUCUAUAUCCCUCCCUCUCUAUCCCUUUCUCUCUCUCCCUUCCUCUCUCUUUCCCUCUUUUCUCUCUACUUUUCUCUCUCUCUCUUUAUCUCUAUCUAUUUUUCUCUAUCUCUUUCUUUCUCCCUUUCUCUCUCUCCCAUUUCUCUCUCUCUUCCUUUCUUUAUCUCUCUCACUUUCACCCUCUCUCAUUCUCUCUCUUCCUUUCUCUCCCCCUCUCUCUCUCCCCUUUCACCACCUCUCUCAUUUUUCCCUCUCUCAUUCUCUAUCCCUUUUUCUCCCUCUCUCCCUUUCUCGCUUUCCCAUUCUCUCUCUCUCUUCCUUUCUCUCUCCCUUUCUUUCUCCGUCUGUUUCUCUCUCUCUUUCUCUCUAUAUCCCUCCCUCUCUAUCCCUUUCUCUCUCCCUCUCUUCCCCUUUCUUUCCUUCUUUUUCUCUCUCUCUAUUUCUAUCUAUUUUUCUCUAUCUCUUUCUUUCUCCCUUUCUCUUUCUCUCCUUUCUCCCUCUCUCCCUUUCUCUAUCUCUCUCCCUUUCACCCUCUCUCAUUCUCUCUUUUCCUUUCUCUCCCCUCUCUCAUUCUCUCUAUUCCUUUCUCUCCCCCUCUAUCUUCUCCCCUUUCACCAUCUCUCUCAUUUUUCCCUCUCUCAUUCGCUAUCCCUUUUUCUCCCUCUCUCCCUUUCUCGAUCUCCCAUUCUCUCUCUCCCUUUCUGUCUUUCUCCCUCCCUUUCUCUGUCUCCCUUUUUUCUUUCUCUGUAUCCCUUUCUCUUUCUUCCUUUGUCUGUAUCCCUCACUCUUUCUAUCUCUUUCUCUCUCCAUUUCUCUCUAUAUAUCCCUCUAUCACCCCCUCUCUCUCUCUGUCUUGCUCUUUGUCAUCUUCCUACAAAGCUAUGUUCAAUAG